AUGCCUGGCCCAUCUGCUUCUGCUCAUCAAGUACUAAUCUACUCCGGACCUGGUGUCUCUCCUCUCUCACUCUCACAUACCAUUCUAACACUCUCUCUCCUUCUUCUACCACAUUACACUGUUCAGCCUGUCACUCCAGAGAUACUAUCGUCCCAACCAUGGGAACCUUCGUGCGCUUUGCUCGUCAUUCCCGGAGGAAGAGAUUUACCUUUCGUCGAGGAACUCACCAUUAAACGGAAAGUGACUAAACGGAUAAAGGAGUAUGUGGAAGAGGGAGGAAGGUAUUUGGGUAUCUGUGCAGGAGCUUAUUUCGGUACGAAUGAGGUCAAGUUUGAUAUGGGUGGUCCAAUGGAAGUGGUAGGGAAAAGAGAUCUGGCAUUCUUCACUGGUCCAAGUGAAGGGCCCACUUUUCCCGGAUUCCAAUAUGCUUCUGAAGAAGGCUCAAGAGCCGUCUCAUUGUUCCUCGAACCAUCUUCUUCGUCAUCAUCACAUCGGUCCUUAGAUCACGUUUAUUACAAUGGCGGUGGCCAUUUCGUAGUUCCCACACCCAUACCUUCGAACGUAUCAAUCCUCGCUCGAUACGCAAGUGCACCUUCAACGACAGGAAGAGAAGAAGAACCAGUCGCAGCUGUCCUUACCCGUAAUGGGAAAGGAAAGUCUUUACUAUGUUCUAUACAUCCUGAAUAUCCAUUGAAUGACCCUCCGGCGAGAAUAGCAAUCAAUAAACUUGAACAUCCACCUGAAAUCGAGGAAAUCGAAGCUAGCGACAAAGCUAGAAUAGCAUGGGUUGAAGAGCUCCUUCUUCUCUUGGGUUUGAAUCCUCCUAGCAGGAACAGGAAAGACGGUCAAGUCGUUGAAUCCAUGGAAAUAGAGGGAGAAGAUCCAGCAUUACUCUUACAUCCGACUCACCCUUCACCGAUAUUCGUCCUGUCUCAUCCAAAUCUACCGGAUCUACCUGUUCGAUCUGUUUUGAAGCAAGAGUUUGAAUCGAAAAUGUCAAAUGACGAUGCUUGGGGUAUACUCAACGAUGGCAACGACCAGAUUCGGUUUGGAGAUAUAACGGCGAUAUCUGGAGAAACGACCUCUGAAGAUGAGGUCGCUCGUUGGCUUGCAAAGAAAAGACGCGAACAACCAAUUUUUGAUCCUCCAUCGGUCGAAAACCUGAACCUCAACUCGAACGAAAUCACACCUCCUAUUCCACAACCUCCAGACUUCCAUUCUAUACCGAAGACUGUUCUUCUGCCUUCCUUUCAAACCCCUUACUCAGCACGAUGGACACCAUUGUUCAACUUUUCCACGUAUUGGAGUGAAAUUGACUUGGCGAGAAAAAGCGGUGGAAGACGUUCUGGUAUAAUGCGCAAAGGUGAUGAAGGUGAAAAAUGUGCGUUGGGAGAUCUGCUAUUUUAUGGAGAGACUGUGACUAGUACUCAAACUAUGCUCGAUAGAAAUCCUAUACUCCUCACAAAUCUAUCAUCGCCACUUGCUUUCUUAGCGUCAUUCCAGCUUUCAGGUAGAGGUCGUGGUUCAAAUAUAUGGUUAUCACCUCCAGGAUGUUUGCAAUUCUCCUUGUUACUCGAUCUUCCAGCUUCUCUAUCGAGUAAAAUGGUAUUCAUACAAUAUAUCAUGGCUUUAGCUGUUUGCGAAGCAGUCGAUGAAGAUGGCAGAUUGGGAGUAAGGAUUAAAUGGCCCAAUGACAUUUACGCCGAUGUCGAAGGCGUUGGAGGUACCGAAGUCGGUAGUGGUAAAAAAGGAAAAGCUAAAUUAGGUGGAAUAUUGGUCAAUACCAAUUUCGUCGGCGGAAAGUGGCGAAUCGUUGUUGGUUGCGGAAUAAAUGUAUUGAAUGCUUUACCCACGACAUCACUUUCACAGCUACAUUCACUUCUUACCUCUAAAUCGACCUCCCUGUCAUCAAGUAAACCAUUACCUGCCGCUCCGACUAUGGAAGGUACUUUUGCUCGUAUAAUGAACUCGUUUGAUUCCAAAUGGGAACAAUUUAUCGAAGAAAAAGGUUUCAAAGGUUUUAUGGAAGAGUAUCAUGGGAGAUGGCUACAUUCUGGACAAGAAGUCACAUUAACACAUACAGAACCGCAUACGCCACUUCGAAUAUUAUCGAUAACGCCAGAUCAUGGAUUAUUACGUUGUAUCCCUAUAAACAAAAAAAAACCAACCUCAUCAAAUGGAUUAACUCCAUUAUAUAACCGGAAUGUGGAUAAUGGAGAAGAUCGAUACAUCUCGUCCUCAACGAAUUCAUCAAGUUCAACAGGCAACAAACCCGAUUUCGUCGAUUUACAGCCUGAUGGAAAUAGUUUCGAUCUAAUGAGUGGAUUGAUUAAACGAAAAUUGUAA